GCAUCUUGUAUGAUUCAUUAUCAUGGCAAAGAAGCAAAAGUUUGUGUCACUAGCUACUAUCUUGGCGAUCAUAUUGACCAUGGUUGAUCUCCAAGCGAGAGCUUCAAUCUCAGUUCACAAGGGCAACCUUGCGGAUCUCUCAUGCUUCACCGCCAUCUUGAGCAUGAAUGGCGACGCCUCGCACAAAUCCAACUGGUGGCAGUUCCUCCAGUACUUGCAAUCCAGCAGCGACCAGGCCUUCCUGGGGUACAUGGUCUCCAACUUCACUGGCCAGAGCAAUCUCACAGCGGAGAUCCGCGAGAAAGGGGGACUCCUGUCCACCAGGAACGCUUCCCUCAUGGAAUUCCACUCGGUCUCCAAGAUCAAUAAGCUGGGAAGCAUGGAGAUCACGAUGUGGGCUUUGGGAUUCCUCUGCCUGGAUGAGGCUCCAAGCUGCGUCAAGUUCACACCCGUGGUGCUCCAAGCGAUCCCUGGUUCUUCCCCAAGCAAGUUGGGGUUUUUCAGCUUGUGGGAAGAGCAGGACGGCGGGAUCCUGGCGAACUCGGUCGCGUCCAAAGUGCUGACCAUCGAGAAUUGGAGCAUGAGCAAGGAGAGUUUGAGUGGAAUGAAUCUGAGAAGCCUCGACGCCAAGCUCGAUCUCUGCAAAGGCUUGGAACUUCAUCCAGCGCAUGACAGGAGCAACCAGGAAUUAUUGGGAGGUCUUGAUCUGCAGAGCUUCGACGUGAAAACAGCCCCGGAAGCCGCGGGAUUCAGGCUCAACGAGAGGGUGACAAACAUCACUCGACCAAACAGGCGCUUGUGUUUGCUGGGGAUCGAUGACAACACCACCGGAUCAUCUUUGGAUUCCUCGUUGUCCUUCGACUUGCGAACCACGACGACACUGGUAGAAAUCCUGGGCUCUUUUAUGUCUCAAGUCAAGAAUUCUUACAUCCAAGCACAGAGCUCGGCGCUAGAUCUCGAGCAUCCCGGCACCGAUUUCUGGGUGGCCGCGGUCGCGCUCCCCGGCGCAUUCAUCGCGGUCGUAGCUGCGGCGCAGCCUUUCAUCAACUUCCAGCUCACGUUCUUCCGAAACUUGGUGAGAUCACAGGGCUGGAAAACGGCACUUCUGUGUGUCAGUAACUCCGUGCUCGCUCUCGGCUCGUACUCGGCGAUCAUCACCGUGACUCCAGCCGAGAUCCAGAGGCAGGAGAAACUGAGGACCUGGGGAUUGCUUGCAGACCAGGUUCCAAUCACGAACCGUGGCCUCCAAGUUUUGGUAGUGGUCAAGGGGGAAUCAAGUUACAGAUCGGACAGCCUCUUGCUUGUGUGGUGUUCCACCGCCGUGCUUGUUCCUGUCAUCGCCUGGAUGACGUUUUACAGGUGCAAGCAAGUGUUUUACGUGAGGAGGAUGCUCAAACUCUUGGCUGAGCUGGAGCCUGAACGCCACGACGCCGACGAAAGCAAUGACGAGAGACUUGAUGACCUGCGAGCCAUUGAGAUGGGUUCCGUGGAGCAGCGGCAACUCGAGAAGAGGCUUGCAAAGAUGAACGCCAUGCCUGGGACGAGCAUGGUGACAUCUGUUAAAUCACUGGCUCGCCAAAGACAAUCCUUAACACGUAGGCAUUCAUGCACGAGGCAAAAUGCGUAACAUCGAAAUCUAACUUGUAAAAUAUUCUUCAAGCUCCUACCCUCUCCAAAUUCUUUAAACGGCUUCUACAACUGCUGUGGAAUCUGCUAACCACCAACUGA